AUGACAGUGAGCCCAAACCUGUAAACCGAGGAAUUGCUGCCAUUAAAGGGAAGCGCAAGUUAUUUGAGGCACCAAAACCACAUCAUUAUUAUCAUUUGGAGUAUAAACUUUUUCCCACUGAUCCCGAGCCGGUGAAGGCAGAUGUUGUAACUUAUGGUGUUGCAGCCAAAAUCUACUCUGAAAGUGACUCUAAGGUGUUGAAGACAUGGAGAGAAGGGGACAGAACUUGGGUUACUUGGACCCACAGUCACACUGUCCCAGUCACCACAGAGCUUCUACUUCAGUUGUUCAGCCACAACAUGGAUCUCAAGAUCUGGGAUACAAAAGACAAGGUGUCUCCACGUGCACGCUUUGAUAGACCCAAGGCCUUUAGGCUCCCUGCAUCAAGGGACCCUGAGGAUCUGGAGGCGGCAAGUGGAGGUGUCAUGCAAAUUGUCACUAAUCAACAGCAAUCAUAUGAAAGCAAUCAGCCAAAACAGUCACGGAUUUUUCACUCAGUGUCUUACAUAACAAGUCCAUCAACAGCCACUGGUACUGGUAGCAUGGUCAAAGUUCAGGUUCGAGUGGACGAACAGGACCCCCCACAGUUCAGUCGCUUAGCAACCUUGGCUGGUGUUACUCCACCAAUGACAGAUGCAGAAAUUCAACAGUCAGAACGGAGGAAAAUACGAUCACAAUCGAAGAAAGAGAGGACCAGCUCAAAAUUGGAAGUAAUAAGAAAGAAAACAUCCAAUGCCAAGACCAGCCCAUCCAAGAAGGACCUUGCCUUGGCUGCAGCACACACCAGAACUCAUGGAACAGCAGCGCUCUCGGUGAAGAUGUGCACGUUUUUUUCUGGUGCAAAAUCGACGACGACAAAACUGGGAAAAUCCGUGGGCACUAUAGAAGAACUUCUGCUUUCUGUAUCACUUGACAAUGAUCUCUUGUCAGGAAUUCAGAAGCGAGUGCUCAACCCCAUGGUAAUAAGAGUGUCAUCGGCGAGUGAACUGCCUUGUAAACCAAUGACGUAUAUGCAACUCAGGGAAAAAUGCAAACCAGUGCACGUGUCAUACCAAUUUUACGAACAGCCCUUACACGAGAGCGCAGGUAGGGAACACGGGAGUGACGUCUUCUGGGAAGAUGUGAAUGUGGUCCUUCUUGGGACAUUAGACAAAAGUGGUCUCGCAGAGUACCUCCAGGGGCCCCAUUUCCAAAUCGAGGUCCACGACAGGGACCGUAAAAUCGAGCCAAAGAAACCCAAGCCCAGUUUGUUUGGUGAGAACCCGGAAGACGAGAUGAUCAAUAACGUUAGCUUGGUGGCAGGUCGUCGCACCACUCACAAUCCAUUCACAAGCCGUAAUAAGCCAUGGGACCCGUACGGCAUUGCCAAGUUUGAUCUGUCAGGGUUGUUACUAGGUCACAAGUAUCUGUAUCUAAGGUCGCCUAUCCACUGUUGUCCUCUGCCGGAUACUCGCUCAGGGCUGGAGAAACCAGAAGGACCCAUAUUGGGUCAGCCGGGAAAUGUGGACGCACCAGAGGACAAACCCAUGCCUGUAGCUAACUAUCUGGAGGCUGGUAGCGAACUAAAAAUUAAGGUCGACUUGGCUUACCCUCUGAAUGCCACUGAAGAGGAGAAAAAAACUGACGAAUCUAUUGAAGAGGAAAUGUGUCCAUUCGGUCGAAUUAUCUAUAUAUUUGAAUACAAGAACGCGCCUUUUCUCCGACAACUUCAGUCCGAGAUCACAGCUGUGAAUGCGGAGGCACUGGAACUAGAUACUCUUCCACAGCAUGUGAUCGAGGCCGCUCUCUCAACAUACAAGUUGUCCAAAGAACAGAGAAUAAAUAAGAAACUGGAUAUUAUUACGGGAUUUCAGGUUCUAGACGGCCAGUAUCAUAUAUUUGUGUUAGAAGGCUUGACAGAAAAAGGAGUAAGACGACUUUGGGAAAAACUUCCCAGGCCACAAGAGGAAGAUAUCACCAAAUUCAACGUUCUCUACAACUCUGACCUGAGAUCCCAUGAGCGGCUGUAUGCAGCGCUCGAUGUGGACUUGUGCCGAGUCAGACUUCACGAGCCACUCGAGGUCAUACUUCUACUUUCAGAACUUGAAUCUAGCAGUGGCUCUCAAAUUGAGGAGGCUGGUUCAGGUAAAUUUCUGGAGGAGCCUAGACCUAGGACUACUCGACCAUGGACGCCCCUGUCACUUUAUAAUUCAGAUUACGUCGCGUUGGUUAAAGAAAGAGAAAGAGCUCUGGUUAAACACGACUUCAUCCUGGAGAACAUACUAAAAACGCAGGCAAAAGAGCCAAAGAGAAGAUCGCAGACCAUCGCUGUGGAUAUGACUGAGCUGCAUCAGCAAACCGCACACAACUACAGUAUACAGACCUUGAAUUCCACAGAACUGGCUAAAGAGAAGCUAAGAAACGUACUUGAAAAGGACAGAGAUCGCCGUUUCACUUACUGUCCUAUGUACAACUCGGCCACAGUUCUUCCUAUUCAUCCAGAAACUGUCAAGAAGCAAGAUUUUCUCUCCUCUAAGAAACUGUGGAGAACAGAAAACGGAUUCAUUUUCCCAGGAAAGAAAACCUCGUUGGUUUCAAAUAUUCACCCUAGGAAACCCGACUCGGCCCGAGUAGACGAACUUCGCAAGCCAUGGAAGGAGAACAUUUUACACGCCAACAUUCUUAAACCAACAGUAGAUAGGGAGAACUUCCCCUGGGAUUAUAGAGAUGCUGAUCUGAAUUUGCUUUCCCUUCCUCCUCCGUUCUUUGACACAAAUCCAUGUUUGUCAGUUCACGCCGCCGGCGACACCAAAGAACAAGAACAAGACGAAGCUGACAUGGAGACCACGCGCCAAUGGCGAGGUAGAAUCGUUGUGGACGAUACGAUAUUUCGUACGCAUCGUUGUCUACCAGAGACUGAACUCAAAGACAGAGGCGCUAAAGCUUCGAACCAACUGGCAAAGCUGGAAGGACUUUUGAAAAAUUACCCUCAAAAAUUUUCGCUUUCAAGAGAAGGACUCACUUUGGCGGAGAUUCCACCACUAGCUGUGGUGGUGAAUCCUAGUGUGGAUACUCCUGCGAGGAAAACCGGGAAAUUAGUUCCCAUUACAAGGGACCUCAAGGAACAAAGAAACUGGGGAUUUUAUCCGGGACCUUUUGAGGACGAGGGCUGGCUCAUGGAGAAGAAUAAGAUCCCAAUACCAGAUCAGGAGCACGAAAGGUUUAAGACACUUAAGGGCCACGAUUUCAGGUCAUAUCACAAAGACAAAGAUAUCCUUUGUCGCCGUCCUAUCGAACCUUUGAAAGAUGACGAAAAAGACAAUCACCUUUUUCCUAUUGCGGAUAUCUGCAGUUAACAAAGGCUGAUAAAUCACAUUGAAAACGAUUAUAAUUAUCACCGUGUUCGAAGAAAAAGAAAAGUAAAAAAAACAGACAUUUCUGUACCAGUGUGCUUUAUCGCAUUUGUUAGCGCUGUGUUGUAUCAACUCGCUCUGAGUGAACCAACAUUUCUCAUACAGAAGAAUUUAUUUCACAAAGCUUGUUCAUAAGUUUAUUCUAAAGUAUUGGUUCUAUGUACAAAUGCAAUGUUAUAUUUGACCCGCUUUGGUGUAAUUCAGUUGUACAGUUAUCUAAACUCAAAAAUCAUUCCCUCGGUUUUAAAUAUGCAUUAUCGUUUGUAAUUUUUUUUAAAAUAGAUCUACAAGCCUAAAAAAAAUUAUAGGCGCUUUUCGUCUAGGCUUGCCAAUAAAAUAUUGUUUCUUCAGAA